UUGAAGUCUAAUACGCAAUUGGUACAGAGCAGAGGACGAACCUGGAAUAAGCGCGCAAGAUAGAGUGAUGUACAGACUAGCCUUCCGUAGGUUCCUCCUCGACCAAGUAGAUUUUGAAAUCUUUCCACCAUAUGGUUCCCAUAUCAAAGGGAUACCCCAAACCGCAUUCGAAGGGUUUCUUCAAAGUAUUGACACACAUAUGCAGUUGUAUGCGCUCAUUGGACCCUACAACCAAAGGGCAGUAUCUAGCCUUGUAAACGAAAAUUUCUUUGGCGAAUUGUCAGAGGUUGAGCCAACAAAACUAGGCUGUCCUAAAGCUACACAUAUUGGACGAUUGAUGUCAACUGUUACUGAGGUUCUACAUUAUAGACAUAACCCAAGUUGCAGGUCAUUUGCCAUGUCAACAUCAAGAAGACCAGUGUAUCCCCAGCAGAAACUUGAUGGCGUAUCAACCGAGGGGGAAUGUAAACCAUCGACCUACGUAAACGAUGGUCCAUAUGUAACUACUGAUCAACUAUCGAACGAUACCCUCCUUGAGGCCAGGAGAGAUGAUAGUAUCAUAAAUGAACACAUGGCGGGACAGAUUAAUAAUGCGAUGGACCUAAAUCAAGCUUGCGAGCGGGCUGCUGAUGGGCGCCUUGUCAUUUGUACGAUCCCAAUAAGUGAUCACUUUUUCGACACGAAGGAGAGGGCGAGACGAAAACAACGGAAGUUCAAACAAGAUGACAUUGCGAAACCUCGUGAACAAACUAGGAAGGCCAGGGGAGUUAGGCAGUUUCAUUCCGUUGAUGAGUCUAAGAUCUUGCCAACAACUAGACUGGGAAUUAAAUUGAAAGAUUAAGGGAUAGUUCUGCAAUACUUCUAGAUAUUAUUUCAUAAUAAUCCAACUACCCCCUGACCAUAAUUUGGGUUAACAGACUUGUGCUGUCAAAUAUAUCUAAAAUUGUUCUCCCUAUGAAUAAGUGAACAACAUUGUGAGAAAUACAAUAUGGAAUUGCCUUUAUUACACUUUCAGCGAAAAUACGUAUAAAAAGACAUAUACUUUUGAGGAUUGCAUAAAUCCUGAAAGGCGAUUUAAACACACAUUGCACGAACACUGAAAAUCUCAAUUAACAUCAAACGGAUGAGAUAUGCUAAGCUUGUAUUCGCAAAUGCAACUAACAGCU